AUGGAGUCUUGCCCCUUGCAGCACCCUCUAUCUACCGAUUGAACUAUGCCCAGCAGCUAGCCUCCUCCAAAUUUUGCACAUCUGAUCAAAGCGAGCUAGUAUCCAGUGAAACUUCACACUCCAACAAAUUUUGCACAUCUCUAUUUAUCAUCAGUGUUACUGAUAUUUUUGAUAAGUAAUGUUCGAGUGUUCAUUUUCAUUAGUACGAACAUGACAGUGUGACUCCCAUGCGGGCAUCCACUGAAACUUCACACUCCAAUGUAAUAUGUGGUUCAAGACUCAAGAGUACUCCGUAUUUGAUUUAUAAAUCUUAGUUUCUUCACAUUCCUAAAUCACUCAGUAUUCUGACUGCGUUUCUUUUGCUGCUAUCUCCAGAAAAAUUAAUCAUGCCCCGUUUCUCACUCCAAGGUUUCUAGCUUGUCAUAGAUGCUUAUGGAUCAUCAGCAUGGAAAGUUGCUGACCAAGCUCUUUCAACAAAUUCGGCUCAUAUGAUCAAUUACCUCAACAAGAUACUACUGGAGGAGGACGCUGACGAGAAUAGUGAUGACUUGUUGUUCCGUGAUCCUGCUGUGUUGAGAGCUGCGGAGGAUUACUUCUAUGAAGCCUUGGGUGAGAACCUCUCGCUUGACAGCAGUGUCGGAAGCCCGGAAGGCAUCUCAGUUGGAACCUCACUGUGUCUCCGUGCAGUCUUCUUCAUUAAACGGUUCUUUAUAUAGCUUUGAUAGUGCUAAUUUGCUUCGAAAUAUACAUUUUGAUGAUGAAGCCACCUCCAUAUUCCAGUUCCAUAGUAGUCUGGAGGAAGCUAAAAAAUUCUUUCCUUCCAUUAAUCCAAUGGUCAUCCAUUUCAGCGAUAAAUACCCAUUGGAACUAGAGUCCGAGGAACUGAACAGUGGUAGUGCUGUGAGGGUAGAGAUGGAUCAUUCUGCUGAUUCGUGUAGAGGAAGAAAGCACUAUCGCGCAUGUGAAAGUGGGCUAGAAGAAGAAAAAGAAGAGGAAAGGAGCAGGAAGCAGACUGCAGUUUAUGAGGAGGACUUAUCAGGGGCGUUUGAUAAGGUUUUUCUUUGUGCGGAUGAUGAUGAUGCUGACUUUCCAUCUGUAGCCGAAAAGCAACAGCAGAAAGGUCGAAAUGGGCGCAAGAGCCGUUCAAAUAAACAACGAGCAGAUGGUUGUGAAAUUGUUGAUCUACAGCCCGAUUUGAUCAGUUGCGCAAAAUAUGUUGCUGAAGCAAAUUAUAGGGCUGCUGUAGAACAACUAGAGAAGAUUAGGCAUUACUCUUCGCCUACCGGGGAUGCAAAUCAGAGGCUGGCACAUGCAUUUGCUGAUGGUGUUGAGGCACGGCUAGCUAGAACUGGGCUGCAACUUAAUGCUUCAUCAUCACUUUGCAAGAUGAAUAGCUUUCCAAGUUAUGCUUCUGAAUUGCAAAAGUCCCGCCUGUCAUUAUCCAUGCCAUUUAUGAGGAUAUUUAUCUUCUUUGCAAAUAAGAUGAUUUAUAAUGUAGCAUCAAGAGCCGCAUCACUCCACGUUAUAGAUUUCAGCAUUCUUCAUGGUAUCCAGUGGCCCACUCUUAUUCGGGAUCUUUCACAAAGACACGGUGGCCCUCCAAAACUUCGAAUAACUGGGAUUGAGAUUCCCCAACCUGGUUUUCGUCCAUCUCAAACAGUAGUAGAGACUGGUUGUCGUUUGGCUAGAUAUUGCAAGCGUUUUGGUGUACCAUUCGAGUACAAUGCCAUCACAGCAAAGAAUUGGGAGGCACUUAAGAUUUCUGAUUUGAAGCUCAGGCGGGGUGAGGUGGUUGCUGUUAACUGUAAUGGUCGAUUGACAGACCUUCCAGACGAGACAACAUCUGGUGUUGACAUCCCUAGGGAUGGUGUUCUAAACUUGAUUCGGGAAGUAAACCCUCAUAUUUUUGUCCAUAUUACGCUUAGUGCAUCUCACAGCUCUCCUUUCUUUGUCAAUCGGUUCAAAUCGGCUCUAUUCUUCUACUCUUGUGUCUUUGAUAUGUUUGACGCUAUUUUCCCACUCCAUGACAGUCAAAGGUUGCACUUCGAACAUGCGGUUAUGCGGCCCGUCAUAACAAAUAUCAUAGCAUGUGAGGGCAUGGAAAGAUUUGAGAGACCUGAAACAUACAAGCAGUGGCAGUGUCACUUUAUAAGGGCCGGGUUCAAGCCUCUUCCUCAGAACCCUAAUAUUGUGGAGAAAUUGAGAGCUAAGGCGAGGGAGCAGGUUACAAAGACUUUCUGUUUGCUGAAGAUGGCCAUUGGGUGCUGCAAGGGUGGAAAGGUCGGGUUCUUGCUUGUAGCUCUGCCUGGGUAAUUCACAACCACUGAUUGAUUGUACCAUGCGUAACGUAAGCGAACUUUGCAUUUCAUGAAACGGUACACCUAAUUAAGAGCUCAUGAACUUCCCGUACGCCACGUCUUUCAAUUUCGGAAGUUUUAAAUUUCUUAUUUCCGGAUCAAUUCUUAAUUAAUUAGCAAUUUGGAUUUUCAUGAGUUUUUAUGGGAAUUCUGGAUGUAAAUUAGGAUUUAACGGUCUUUUUAUAUAAUUUUUCAUAUAGCUAUUAGCUACAAGCUAAGCUCUUUGUAAUCAUUGGUAAUGUAUGAUUGGAAAGUAUUGCUUUUUAAAUUUACUGCUACUA